AUGUCUACCAACUCAGGCCAAGUCUCCCCCCUCAGCGGGGUAACCCGCUACAUCACCACCCACGACUCCUCCGGCAAAGCCAUCAUCCACUCGGAGCAGCCCCUCAAAUGGGGCGCCUAUCAAGGCGGCGCGCUAGGCAUGGGGGUCGCCUACACUACGUCCGAGUUCCCCGCCAACCUCAACAACGACGCCGACAUCAAAACUCACGAGAAUCUCAUGCAGAGCAACUCCCUGGGCUUGGUCAACCCAAACGGGACGACGUGUCGGUUCGUCGAUUUCGGUCCCGGUGGAGAGCCGUUCAUGCAUCGCACGCAGAGCCUGGAUUACGGGAUUGUCCUGCAGGGGGAGAUUGAGAUGAUUCUGGAUUCGGGGGAGAAGAGGGUGCUGAAGGCGGGGGAUAUUGCUGUGCAGCGGGGGACGAUGCAUGCGUGGAGGAAUCCGAAUGCGACGGAGUGGACAAGGAUGGUCUUUGUGCUGCAGGAUUGUCAGGAGGUGAAGAUUGGGGGGGCUGUGCUUGGGGAGGAUCUGGGGGGGUCGGAGCAUCAGGAUAUCAAGCCUAGUCGGUGA